GGGUCUUACGGACAGCAGACCGCCUCAACCAGAGGAACUCCUGUCAGUCCCCCGUCCGCACUGACUGUCAGUUCGUGUGAAAGUUUGAUGGAAGUCACUAUCUCCGGCCAGAUUGGAGUGAUGGUGUGAGGGGUCGGUUAAGAGAGAUUCAUGCGCAAAAAUGCGUAUUUUUCUCCCUUUGCUGUGUGCUGUUCUGUGCGCCACACCGGUCCACGGCGUUUUCGACGGAGAAUGCCUCAGAGAAGACCCUCCCCCUGGUGUGUUGGUUUUAUCCCCAGGCAGUAAGUUGGUUCUGACCUGCGGCGGUCGGGUGAUGGUGGAUGGAGUAAAGGUCAGAAACAGCUCAAACACCAACAGAAGAGGCACUUCUACAGGUGCAACUCCAACCACUGUGAAAAUUACAACCAACACUGGAGUCCCGAUGAAAAGUGACAAACAUACUGUGGAGACCGCUGUAAGUGAGGGAUACCUCAACCCGACUGAGGCAGCAGAAAACAGAAGCCUCGGACAUACGGAUACAGGAUACACAGCUUCUCCCACCACUCACAUGAUCCAGUUGACCAGUGCGCGCACACUGUUAGAGGCUGAAGGGAUGGGUGGCGAGGGCGAUUAUGAGGAAGAGGAAGAGGAGGACGAGGAGGAGGAGGGGGAGGAAGGGAGCAGGGUAACAAGGGGCAUAAAAUCAGGGCCUCAGUGGAAGUGGAAGUGGAAUAGAAGGAUGGUGGGAAAAGGAGACAGAGACUGGGGAGAAAUCUCAUUUGAGAGGAAGGGGGCGACACUGUCUCUGUCCUCAGUAAGACUGACAGACUCUGGGAUGUACACGUGUUAUUACAGAGACAGAGAGAGGUUCUCCAUAAAGGUAACCGUCGCAGAUCCUCCAGAGAAUCCCAGCCUGUCCUGCUUCAAAAAGUCACCCACCAGUAAGAUUCGCUGUCUGUGGACGCCUGAGAAGCCCGUCACUAUAAGGCCCAACUGUUACCUCUUCCUCAGUAAAAGUCCAUCACAGGUAUUCCAUCGCUUGCCGUGCUCUUACUCAACUCAGGCCUCCCGCUGUUGGUGUGCUCUGGAGCACGACGAGGACGAGCGGAGAACCUUUUACACUGUCUACCUGUGUGUUAAGAGCAUCGCAGGGAACGCCACCAGCUCCUUGCUGCACUUCACACCUCUGAACGUUUUAAAGCCCGAACCUCCUUCACGUGUGUCAGUACGGCAGAUGGAGGGACAGCCGACGAGGAUGGCGGUCACCUGGGGUAUUCCGAACUCCUGGAAAUCUCAUUAUCACUAUUAUAAACUAAUCUAUGAGAUCAAAUACCAACCUCUCAAGUCCUCAUUUCACUACGAGCAGUUACAGGAGAUUGAGGACGAGCACUCCUACGCCAUCAAUGAUGCAAUGCCUGGUGUUGAGUACCUGAUACAGCUCAGAGCUAAGGAUCAGUAUGAUGGUCUGUGGAGUGACUGGAGUGAACCUGUCUAUGCCAGCAGUUGGAUUGCUCCAACGACAGCUGAAACUACGACAAUGUUUUUAAUCUCUGCAAGCGACAAAGUGGAAGGCUCUGGAGAUGACAAUGUCCCUACUGGUCUUGAGCUAGUAGAAACCGUGGAGGAGGUGCCGCAUUAUGUCCUGUGGAUAUCUGGUUCCUUUGCUCUCUUGUCAUGUCUCGUCAUGUUGGCUGUCUACAUAUUAUUCAGACACAGGGGCAGAUUUAUGUCUAAACUCCGCAGUCUGAGUGUCAUCGGCCAGUGUGGUGGCUCGCCUGAGUCUCCGCCCUCUGCCCCAACACCUCCAGAAGGGCAGGCUCUGAUGACCUUUGGCCCUCCGCGUUACAAAGAACCCUCGCCGAGUGAAGUGGAUGAAGGGGGAGAAGAAAAUGAAGAGGAACAGUGUGUGAAUGAGAGGACUGAAGCCAUGCACUUCAACAACACAAGUUACUUCUUCCUCCCGAAGUAGUGAUGACCAGGCAGAAAGGGGAAUAAAACUAUCCACAGCAUUUUAACUACUUUAGGUUGUUGGAUUGUUGUUUUUCACAUGUUCAGAGCCAGAAAAAAUGAUAAUGGGCUUGUUAUGGAGCUUCUGCUAGAAACAAACUCAGAAACUGCUAAUACAGUCUCUCUUUCUAACUUUAUAACUCUAUCACAUGCCUAAAAUACCUCUAAAAGACUUUGCUGUUGUUGUAUUUGUCCUAAAAGCCACCUUUAGCUACUCUCGCCUAUAAAUCUAAAGUGUGUCGAUAAACUGUAGACUAGAUGUAGGCCUAGUGUUAGGCCUGAGUCUAGCGUACCACCUCUUGUUUUGUUUGUAUAUAAUUUUGUAAAGGUUGAUCAAAUAUAUCACUCACAUGCCCUCUCA